AUUCUUCAGUGACGCAAUGGUGAAGAUUUUUUUAGUUUUUUGUUUUGUAGCCAUGUGGGCCAUGGUGAACGGGGAACGUUCAUUGCUGGACUACCCAACACCUACUGGGCAAUGCACCAUUGAUCUAUACAUGAACUUGAUUGGCUGUAUAGAUUUUGUUUCGAAUGGGAGUAAGGUCGCAAACCCAAGUAUAGGGUGUUGCAAUGGCAUAGAGGAAAUAGUGAAAGUAGCCCCUAACUGUGUUUGUCAGGCCUUCAAUUUCGCCAAGGAUUCUGGGAUUGAUGUGAAUAUGACCAAGGCUCAACAGCUUCCUUCUUUAUGUAGAUUAUCUACUGACAUCCAUUGUGAUGUGCCAUCAAAACCUCCCACCCCAUCUCCCCUUGCUCCACCCAAGUCAUCGCCAGCACCCACCCCAUCUCCCCUUUCUCCACCCAAGUCAUCACCAGCACCCACACCAUCUCCAGUGAUUCCACCGAAGCCAUCUCCCCCAGCUUCAUCUCCAGCACAAUCGUUGAGCUCCGGUGCCACGACAUUUUCAAUUUCUUCUGCAGCCCUUCUUGUUAGUUUAGCUAUUGCUACAUGCUCCUAUCUUUGAGCAUGUUAUCAGUCAUUGCAUUGCUUAUU